AUGGCGGACAACUUAGUGGGCACACUUAUAGGUGCUACGGUGGCUAUGAUAUGCGUCACUACUCUCGCCGUCUCUGCACGUAUAGGAUUCAGGUUGAGCUUAAGAGCUUAUGGCGUUGACGAUGCUCUUGUCACAGCCAGCUGGGUAUUCACCAUAGCCAUGUGUAGUCAAGUCCUUGCUUCGACCAAUGCUGGGUUUGGCCGACAUCAUAACGAGAUCAGUCCAUCAAAGAUUGAGCUCAUUCAAAAGCUGGCUAUUACGACGUCGUCAACUUACAGUUACGGCCUUGCGCUAGCCAAAAUGUCUUUUGCAGUUCUAUACAUCCGAAUGUUACCGGACCGACGACUCAUCAUCAUCAAUAAAGUCAUCAUAGUCUUUCUAUGCUGCCAGGCCAUUGAAGAGAGUCUAAUUCCCAUUUUUCAAUGCCAACCUAUCGCCAAAGCCUGGGCACCAGGUAUGGCAGGGCAGUGCCUUGACCUCCCUGUGUUGUGGUGGGUGGGAUUUGCUUUCAAUCUCUGCACCGACUUAAUCCUCUUUAUACAGCCUGUCCCAACCUUGUGGAAGUUACAACUCCCUUUGAUCAAAAGAUUGGGGCUCAUUGCGAUGCUAUCGUUGGGGAUUUUGGUUUGUGCGAUAUCCAUCAUACGAAUGCAUUCUGUUACCAAGAUGGGCCUGGACAGUACUCAUGACCUUGCUAUCCCAAUAAUAUGGUCUGAAGCGGAAGUCAGCACCCUAAUAGUGUGCUCCUGCGUGCCAUCUCUACGUAAAGUGGUUCAGAAGAUCCCAUGCCUUAAUCGAGCAUUUGAGAUGUCCGAAACCGACGUUCCAUCGCCAGUAAUACAGACAAUUGGCCAGGUCAGAAAUAACGGUCAAAACUUGAAUGAAAACAGCAACGGGAAAGGAGGUUUUGGUCAAGAGUCGGAGUUAACAGGGACGACUCUGACAUACCCAAUGAGUGUGUUGAGCCAACCAACAAGAAGCUACUUUGUAGCUAAUGAAGAUACGGGUGAAAUACGCAGAGCUCCCCCACAGACUACCAUCUGCUUAGGAACCCACCCUGCAACUGAACAAGACCCGGAAGCACAUGCCGGCCUUGCCCAGUCACCAUCGCACCCACACCUUCCACCAGAUUCUUGUAAAUAA